CAAAAUUACAAAAUUCAUUAUUUACAGAAUGAUUUCUCGUAAAUGUGUUGUCUUAUAUUUUAUCGUUUUUUCUUUGUGUAUACAAGGCAACGAUACCUGUAAUCAAACGGGACCGAACGGCCAGUGCUGUGAGCAUUACAGAUGGAACAAUACAACAAGAGAAUGCACUCCCUGCCCUCAAGGGUACACAAGGGAUACGUGCGAUGCAAAAUGUCCUUAUCCAACAUACGGAGUUGCUUGUCAGGGUGUCUGUGCCUGUCAGAGAUUGUUAUGUAACGCUGUGACAGGAUGCACUGUUAUUACAGGUACAACGAUGGAAACGCAGACCAUAUACAAGCGAUUGUCGACGGUGGACUACAAGAGGGACAUCCGCAAUACAGUUACGGCUGGGAAUGAAGUCGAUAUGGUGCUAACUGCGGGUGUGACCAGUCGACAUAUGAUGCUUAUUCCUCCUCGGCACCUGAUCCCACUUCUGGUAUACCCAGGAGUCCGUGUUUGUCCAACUCUUGAUUUUGUAUUCCUUGUAGGAACUAUGGGUUUGUUUACUUUUCAUGAGACCAUGUCAUUUGCAAAUGUGCAUGGUAUGUCAAGAAUAUGAAUUUUCUGCAUCUCUAGAACAACUACUACACAUGUAUAACAAGUAGACCAAGCUGAAAAACAUAUUGAUCUCCGUGGAUAAUAUUUGCCUCCAUCAGCGGCUUUCUACAGCGUACAUGAUAGUCAAACCAGGAUAUCCACUGAUUUCACUUAAUAUGACGUGGCUUAUCAUCUUCAUUUGUACUUAUAAAUAAAAGGAAAUUCUAAAUUA